GAACCAUGGCAUCGUUUAGUUAUCAACUCCAACACCUACCGAAAAUGGAGUCCGAAAAUAAGAGUUUCCAACUGUGGCGGGACUACAUGAAGCUAGCGGACGCAGUGCGGGAGAUGAAGAAAGGGAACUUCACAUCAGAACCGUCAACCGUUGACGGUCAUCACUCCAGUAUAUGCUCGACCAUGGUGGAAUUUGAACAGUUCCCGUCGCGAGCCUUGCUGUCACCUAUAGCACCGGUGGCGACACCACCUCUACGGCACGAAAAGGAACCCCUGGAUUCCAAAAUUGGCCCCUUGCGUAAAGACGCUCCUUUACAUCCGAGCAGCAACGAGGGUCCCACGACUCCUACAGCAGCGUCCAGACCCUCCGUGGGGACCCGGGUCCAGAGGGAGAGAAAGAAGGCGACCCGCUCCAAGAUACCGGAGGGAGUGCCAUCACCUGAGUGCCAGUCCUGCAGCUUCUGCAAACACAACGGGGAGUCUGAGUCUGUGUUUGGGUCCCACAGUCUAAAGGACCAGGAUGGGGGCGUGGUGUGCCCGUACCUGCGGCAGUAUGUCUGUCCUCUAUGCGGGGCCACCGGGGCCCAAGCCCACACCAAGCGCUUCUGUCCCCGGGUUGAAACCACCUACAACUCUGUCUAUGUCAAGUGAUAGAAGCGCUAACUCUGGUCCAGGCCGUUACUGCGCUACCCUCUAGACCUACUAACAUAGUCAACUUGUUGUUGCGGGAUGGGUGGGACCAGAGCUAGAGAAGCGCUGGAGAGACUUCAGGCUGUUGUUUUGCAGACUUUCUUGAGCGUCUCUAGCGCACUGUAUGCGGACAAUUGUAAGAGGAUUUACGA